AUAGCAUUUUCUAACGGGUUAGGGGGCAAGAAAAAUUAGCUUAAACUCGAUCUAGGUCUAGGGACAGUCCCAGAAAUAAGCAAUUUCCUGGAACUUUCGCACGUCCUUUGAUUUAUGCUACAGAAUCCUAAUACUUUCAAAACAAUCGUAACGUAACUCCAAUAUUUCCUGCCAACAGAUCAAUUCCUACUUACAAAGGAAAGCCUUCAUUUUUUGGUUUGUCCUCAACAUGAUUCCUCGUUCUCCAGGUAGUCGGAGACUUAGCUCCUUCAGGGUUCUGUCAACCUCCGAGAGAUCAGUACAGACGUUCCCACCAGAACAUCAUUCAGACAUCGUUCGGCAGCGAGGAGGCCUCAUCGCAGUCCCAGCAAGGCUGAAGACGUCGCAAUCUGUGAGGUUUCCAGCCGUGAAUGAUGGAAUAUCCCUAAGGCUGACAAAGUUAUUGCUGAAUGUGAACAUAAAGAGUAGCUUGGGGCCAGUGCAUGUGGUGAUGUUAUCAGAGAAUACAGUGAAUGAUUUGAUCAAAGCUGUUAUAGAAAUUUAUGUAAAGGAGAAGCGAAGGCCAUUGUUGAAGGAAACUGAUCCUAAAUUGUUUCAGCUUCACUAUUCUCAGUUCAGCCUGGAAAGUUUAAAGCCAGAGGAGAAGCUGAUAAAUUUGGGGUCCAGGAAUUUCUUUUUGUGUUUGAAGCCUUCUUCCUCAGUCACUUCUUGCGGCUCCGACAAGGCAAAGAUGGCAUCCGACUCUCUGUUUUCUUUUACAAAGUUUAUCGAUUUCUUGCUGUAGCAAUGUAUGGACAUUCAUGUCUAUUGUCCUUUCCAAUCAUUUAUAAUUAAUGUUUCUUUUUUUUUUUUUCAUAUUUAGAUGGCACGGUUCUAAAAAAAUCAAUUCAGUAAGGUUCUAAAAUAAUGGCAAAAAAGUACACUUA